UCUGUUUUCCGGCCUCAACCCCAUCGCCGACGCCGUUAUGAGCGUUAAAGACACGAUGUCACUGCGGAAACGCCAGCGACUAGGGUUUGCCGGCCAAAUUCCCCUCGGCGACGGAACCCUAACGGAUUCCGGCUUCGACGACCCCGCCACCGCCGACGUCGUUCUUCGCCUCGAGCUCGACGACUCCCUUGUCGACGACCUCGACCCCGUCUCGCUAGACCUUCACCUCCGCUCCGCCGCACUCCGCCGCUCCCGUUACUUCGACGCCCUCCUCUCCGAGCGAUGGAAUCACCCCUCUGUCAUUGGGAGCGGGAUCCGGCAUCGCCUCUACCUCAAGGUCCUCGCCUCUGCUGGAGGCGACCGCUCCCGCGGCCCCUUCGACGUUCACGUCGCUGUCAUUCGACUUCUCCACAGUCUCGAUUUCUCCGCUGCGAUCGGUUCCGUCUCCGACGCUCUGGAGAUGCUCCCCGUGGCGAUGGAGCUCCUCUUCGAUGAUUGCGUCCGAGCUUGCGUACGAUUCCUCGAGGCGGUGCCGUGGACGGAGGAGGAAGAGGAGGGGGUGUUAAAUUUGGUACCUUUGCUUCAAUUAGAGGAAUGUGAAGAUCUCCUAGCGAGGAUUUCCCCAAUUGUCUCAGAGGAGGGGGAUGGGAAUUGCACAUCGGAGGAAAUGCUCCAUAAAUUGAUAGAUUCAGCUAUCCGCAGCCAUCCAAAUGUUGCCACUGUCAACGUGAAGGCCUUCGUUGCAAAGCUACUCAGUGAUUACUCUUCCAGGGAUUGCGUAAGGAGAGCUCUUGAUCAGGCCUUCUUGAAGAGUAUGGAGAUGGUGAAGGAUCACUUGGGGAAGUACGCAAGCCUGGAUUUUAGACUUUCAUGGGGGAAUGACGAAAGGGAGGCAAUGCAGAGGUUGAAUCUUCACUCAUCCAUGAUGAAUGCGAAGCACCUGCACUGGUUGGUUGAGAGGAUGAUCGAGUUGAGGGUGGCUGAUACAGCAGUGACAGGGUGGAGUGAGCAGGCUUCCUUGGCUGCAGAUUUGCAGAAGACUUUUAGGGAUGACGCCUGGAAGAAUAUAGCUCCUGGGCUGCCAUCACUGAUCAUAAGGUCCACAUUCCGGCUGGCUAAUGCUGUUGCUUCUGGAAAUACACUGGCUCCUCGACAGGUGAGGAUGAAUCUUGUCAGUUGUUGGCUCCCGGUACUAAACGUCUGUCGGGACAUUGUUUUCCCGAUGCCAACUGGUCAAAAAUCAAUCAUCCAGGACCUUGAAGAAGCAUUUCUGAGAAUAAUAUCUACCCUUCCAUUAUCGGAUUCUCAAGAUUUGCUGAAGCAGUGCUUACGCUUUUCCACUCGGAACAUCGAUGAUUGCCCACACUUGAUCUUAGCAUUCAAAACUUGGUUCCGACGUGCAAACAGGGCAGGACGGCUACCAAAGAAUAAGGAUGAUGACAUUGCAGGUUGACACAAAAUGAAGACAGUAAAUAAUCACGUUCGAUGUUCGUGGCUUUGAGAAUGUGGAUGUUGAUAUUCUGAAUCCUUGAAAUGCCUCUUUGUUUGAAAUUUCUGUAUGCCUGUAUAUGAUCCUUCCUCAAGAAACUAAAGAGUUGUAAAUAAAUACUAGUGUUGUAACUGUCUUAUGCAUAUGGGAAUAAAUGAGUAGAAGUUAGAACAUGAAA